CUCCCCAUACCCCCCCCCCCAAGCCUGGAUGGUAUGCUCCGGUCUGCCUGGCCCGGCUGCGGUGGAUGUUGCUAGAACCCACGCGGAGAAAGGAAGAGACGCAGGCAGGCUGCGGUGACCCAAGCGGCCGCCCCUGCCUCAGGGACCCCUUCCCCGAGAGACGGCACCAUGACCCAGGGAAAGCUCUCUGUGGCUAACAAGGCCCCCGGGACAGAGGGGCAGCAGCAGGCGAAUGGUGAGAAGAAGGAGGCUCCAGCAGUGCCCUCAGCCCCGCCCUCCUAUGAGGAGGCCACUUCCGGGGAGGGCCUGAAGGCAGGAGCCUUUCCUCCAGCCCCGCCGGCUGUGCCUCUCCACCCCAGCUGGGCCUACGUGGACCCUAGCAGCGGCUCCAGCUAUGAGAGCGGUUUCCCUGCUGGAGACCAUGAGCUCUUCACCACCUUCAGCUGGGACGACCAGAAAGUUCGCCGAGUCUUCAUCAGAAAGGUUUAUACCAUUCUGUUGAUCCAGCUGCUGGUGACCUUGGGUGUUGUGGCUCUCUUCACCUUCUGUGAUCCCGUAAAGGACUAUGUCCAGGCCAACCCAGGCUGGUACUGGGCAUCCUACGCUGUAUUCUUUGCGACCUACCUGACCCUGGCCUGCUGCUCUGGACCCAGGAGGCAUUUCCCCUGGAAUCUGAUUCUGCUGACCAUCUUUACCCUGUCCAUGGCCUACCUCACUGGGAUGCUGUCCAGUUACUACAACACCACAUCCGUGCUGCUGUGUCUGGGCAUCACGGCCCUCGUCUGCCUCUCGGUCACCGUCUUUAGCUUCCAGACCAAGUUCGACUUCACGUCCUGCCAGGGUGUGCUCUUCGUGCUGCUCAUGACCCUCUUCUUCAGUGGACUCAUCCUGGCCAUCCUCCUGCCCUUCCAAUAUGUGCCCUGGCUCCACGCAGUGUAUGCCGUUCUGGGAGCAGGCGUGUUUACAUUGUUCCUGGCAUUUGACACCCAGUUGCUGAUGGGUAGCCGGCGCCACUCGCUGAGCCCGGAGGAGUAUAUUUUUGGCGCCCUCAACAUUUACCUAGACAUCAUCUAUAUCUUCACCUUCUUCCUGCAGCUUUUUGGCACCAACCGGGAAUGAGAAGCCCUUCCCACCCCCUCCUCCCUUCAGAGAAUGCCCCCUUGCUGGUCCUCUGCCCCGCCCUGCGCUCCUGCCAGCCCAGAUAUAAAGCUAGCUGCCAGCCCAGCCUGUGGCCAGCCCGCUCACUGCCCUCAGCCCAGACCUCGUUCUCACCCUCUGCAGCUUGAACCCAUGCCAUCAGGGGCCCUGCAGAACCCAGGUCACACCCUCCCCUGUGCACCUGCCCCCAUUACAUCUCCCAAACUGGGAUGGUCAAGGCUGGAGGCCCCUUUGCGUUCGAGGGGACCCGAGGAUGAGUGGGAGGGGCCUGGAAGGAUUUCAGAUGUGGGAAAGAUACCCCAGGAAGCCUGGCCGAGGCUGUGCCCCCACCACACCUCCUGCUGAGGCUGCCACCACUGCAUGAUGCUGGGGCACACUACCCUGUGUCUACCUGCCCCCCUUUCCAGGUCAGGCCAUGACGCUCUGUAAGGAAGGGCUGGGCAGGACAGCGGGGAGCCAGGGUGUGGGCGCUCCGUCGGGGCAGGGAACAGUAUGGCAGUCCCGGGCUGCACAUCCUCUCUCAGCUCUGCAACCAGCGCCUUGUUGUAGGCACUUGAGCCCUGGGGACCAAGGGCAGCGAGAGAGGGGCAGAGAGCCAGUGCCAUCCGUGCUUGCCUCGGUCUCCCCUCCUGGGUCAUGACAGAGCACUGCUGGGGCAGCAGGAGGGGCCGAGGGCCCUGCUCCUGAGUGGGGCUGGGCCUGGGACUCCAAGAGGGGCGGGAGCAGCAGCUUGGGAGGAGGCCAGGGCUCACCCAGACCUGCAUCCUCCCAGGAGGCAUGGCAGGCUGAGCCCUACAUCCUCCCAAACCCCGGGCUGCUCCCACAGGCCCAAAGGCCGGUAUAUUCUGAGGAGGGAGGUUAUUCUAGCUGCUGAGUCAGCCCUGGAAAGAGGGAGCCUGGCCCCCACCUGUCCCCAGCCCCACCCCACCCCCGCCUUUUGGCCCCUUAUUUCCUACACCCUCCCCCCUCUGCUGCCAUGUGCUGGCUUCUCCCCAGCCAGGCCUCCCAGAGGCUUCAGCUGGCAGUGCCCCUGUCCCUUCUCCCAGCUUCUCUGGCCACUCAGCCCAGAGGCCUCAGCCACUCUACCCCUUAUCUCCUCAUCUCUCCAAUUUGGAAGGCAUCCAGCCGAUGUUAACAACCAGGGCAAGUCCCUCCAGCUGGUCCCCUGUGAUGGGGUCGAGUCUCCUUAUCAGCCUCUAGGCAGCUGAGAUCUCCGGCAGGGUGUGCGUCAGCCACCCGGCCCCCUGCGGGUCCUUCUGGGGAGGGGACCAGCGGGCCCCACCUGGGGGAAGCGUGCAGCCUGCACUGGUCGGCAGCUCACUGGGCCAGUGGAAAGUUACUGGGUGGAGUCAGGGAGGUUCAGAGUGGAUACCUGGACCCUUCCUUGCCUCUCCCUCCAGAGCUGCCUCUCUCCUCAUAUGCCCGUGGUUCUGUUUGCCCCUGGGGAGGGUAACUAGUUUGUCACCUAUGUCUUCCUGAUCCCGCCCUUCCCCCCGCCCCCACCCCAAGGCCCUUCCUAUUUCUAGCUUUUAAAAAAUAUUGCAGAAGCAUUUGACGUUUUGUUCCAUCUUGGGUCUGAGGAGAGAGGGAACCAAGAAUGGAUGGCGGUGUUUGCGUGUGAGUUAAAGGUGGCUGGGAGCAGGAGUGGAACACGUCCUGUGUGCGGGUCCAAAUUAAUCCAUCACAACAGUCCUGCCAAGGCAGUACCCUCUGCAGCCCCAUUGCGGAGGGAAGCUGAGACAAUGAAGAGGCUUGGCCCAAGGUCUUAGAGCUAACAGUCUAGGUGGGGGCUGAAAUGAGACUGGAUGGCCAGGCCCUGACACGUCGGGGGAUUUGUGGUUCUCAGUGCCACCCCUCGCCCCCACCAACGACCACCACCAGAUUUUGUAUGCAGUAGUUUUCAACCUCUAGACACAAGCUGGGAAGCAGGAUUCCAGUGUCUGAUUUCCAACCACGCUGCCAGCGCACUCCUGGUUUUAAGCAAGUGUUUCUUGCUGUCUGUGAUGCGGUUUUCUUAUCAGCGAGAUGGAAGACCACAGCCAGGGCGGCUCAAGGAGAAGUGCAGGGAGAGGCACUGGAACACCGAUUUGACAGACUUGCUUAUCCAGUGGCCAUCACUUCUCCAAGGUCCCCUCUCUUUCCUUCCUAAUCUCUAGUUCCAGUUCUAAAGGGGUUACCUCCCCUACCCCUUAGCCAGGAAUUCUCAGCCUGGGCCUUGGUCAUGCUUCCCAGAAUCCACUUGUCCAAGUCCUCCUCUUCCUGGGCCAGUUAAUGCAGAAGCUGGGGAUUGAGGAGCUUUUCUGAGGCUGAGCUAGCAAAGUGUGAAUGAGUAAACAAUGGGGCAGAACAACUCAGACCCUCUCAAAGCAGAGUACACUAUGGAGUCUCCUCUUCUGGGUCCUGGGAGGGGUCCAGGACACGCCACAAGCUGGCAGCAGAGCCCGGGCUGAGGCCCCUGUGUUCCACCUGCACUGAGGCCAUGAGGAGCCCCAGGAACACCUGGAUGGGUCUUGGAAAGAGAAAGGGUGGGGGAACAGGAAUGUGGGAUUAUGAGAAACAGCGAAACCAAAGCUGGGCAGGUGCCACAAGCUACAGAGGAGGAGGGGAGCCUGCUGGCCCCUCACAUUUUUGGCAGGGGUGGGGCUGAGGCCAGGAAGGGGUGGGUUGUAUUUUAUAAAGCUGGAGACAGACAUGAAUCUUCCCAGCUGGGAUGUGAGUCCAAGGUCUCUUACCGAGGGGAAGACAGAUAGAGAUCCUCUCUGGGGACUGUAGACGGGGGGGCCAGGGAGGUACACUCAAGUGCCCGGCCUCCUGCACCGAUUCCCAGGCUCAGGUGUGGUCUCUCUAUCGCCUGGGGAAGCUCCAGGAGUCUUGGUUCUUCCACCUUCAACUCUUCCUCCCAGGGGAGUCAGGAUCAGGCGGAUACCCUUAUUCCAAAAAGCUCCCCCUCUCCCUCCCUGGCCCACCUGCGAUUGCACACAGGCACUUUGCUGCCCCCUGGUGGCUUCCUGAGGAAAAGCAGGGCCUGCUUUCACAGGGAGGAAGCCUGAGGUUUGCGAGCAGGAUCUGGCCACUGGCUUUCAUUCCUGGCUCUUCUCAGACCUCCCUGGACCACAUCAGCCUCCUGCUAUUCCCUAAGUCCAACUACUGUCAUGUCUUGGACACUUUACCUGUCUUCUGGAUACCACUCCUGUGCCACCUGGCCCCAGAGCUUUUUCUCUAGUGCCUGAGGGCAGAGACACACCCCCAGACAUAAGUCCUUCUGGCCUCAGCUGCUCCAAGUUUCCCAGGGUCCACAGUGUUCCCUUCCCUGGCCUCACCUUUCUGGUCCAUGACUGGUGGGAGAUAAGAAUAAAAUAACAGUGACACCCAAA